CAUCACUUUUGUAAACAACGUGUGUCAAGGUCAUCGUGAUAUCGGAAAGUUUGCCACGCCACACCAGUGCAUUCGAUACAGAAAGAUGGCAGAAUUUCAACCGUUCGAACAUUUUGGAACCGAUGCUAUUCAUGUUGGUCAGGAACCAGAGAAAUGGAAGUCCAUGGCGGUAGUGCCCCCUAUAUCGAUGGCGACCACGUUCAAACAGCAUGGACCAGGUGAACACGCUGGAUACGAGUAUUCUCGGAGUGGUAACCCCACCAGGGACUGUCUUGAGGAAUGCCUGGCCAAGCUUGAGAAUGCCAAAUAUGGCCUGGUUUUUGCAUCGGGCUUGGCUGCAACAAACACAAUAACAUUUCUGUUGAAGAAUGGAGACCAUAUUUUGGCCAUGGACGACCUGUAUGGAGGCACAAACCGCAUGUUCCGCCGAUGUACCAGCCAGAUGGGUAUUGACAUCACCAUGGUAAACUGUACCGACAUUGAGAAGGUGGAAAGCAGUAUAAAACCAAACACCAAGAUGGUUUGGAUUGAAACUCCCACCAACCCCAUGAUGAAGCUGGUUGACAUUGCCAGUGUUGUCAAGGUGGUGCGUGCCAAGGCACCCAUGGAUUGUUUUGUUGUUGUUGACAACACUUUCAUGUCCUCAUACUUCCAGCGCCCAUUGGACCAUGGCGCAGACCUUGUAUUCCAUUCCAUGACCAAGUACAUGAAUGGUCACUCUGACGUUGUGAUGGGGUGUAUUUGCACCAACAGAGAUGAUCUUAAAGAACGUUUGUUCUUCUUGCAAUAUGCCAUAGGAGCCGUUCCGUCCCCAUUCGACUGUUUCCUGGCCAACAGAGGCCUGAAGACGCUGCACAUACGUAUGCGAGAGCACAUGAAGAAUGGGCUGGCAGUUGCAAAGUUCCUAGAGGAAAACUCACGAGUCGAAAAGGUCAUUCAUCCAGGGUUGCCGUCCCACCCUCAGCACGAGCUAGCCAAGCGACAGAUGAGAGGCUACAGUGGCAUGGUGUCUUUCUACAUCAAGGGAGGCCGAGAGCAGUCCUCCAUCUUCCUCAAGACACUCAAGAUAUUCACUCUAGCUGAGAGUUUAGGAGGGUUUGAAAGUUUAGCUGAAUUACCGUCUGUGAUGACACACGCAUCCGUGCCCCCUGACCAGAGGGACAAGCUGGGGAUCUCUGACAGUCUCAUCCGUCUGUCAGUCGGCAUCGAGGAUGUGCAGGACCUCAUAGAUGACCUUGACAUUGCUCUCAAGGCUGCGAUCCCUGAAGAAUAGUUCUGAAGGAGAGGGGUCUGCAGUGUGAAGGGUAUUGAAGACAUGAGGGUUGUCUGUGUGGUUAACCUCUGUAGUAAUUCGAUGGUUGGUGGUUUUCUCUGUGUAUCUACUCCACGAUAUGACCUUACAAUAUGUCAAUUGUUUAAAAGUUGUGUCUGUUAUAAAAGUUCUUGAUUUACUGGAGUAUUCAUAAUGUGCAUAAUUAUGCAUAGAUAUGUUUGUUUUUUAUUGGGACAAUUUUUACAAGUUAUGAUGAUGUUUUGUUGAUGAUAUAGAAGAACAUUUUGAUGUUAGUUUUCUUUUUGGCAGCAUUAUUUGCUAUGGUUUACUGUAUUUGUAUGUGUUGUCAGAUCUAAUCAGAGUAAGAUAUACUGGUAUGUAACCUUUGAAUUCAUUACAUUUUGUCGAGGUUACAAGUGAAAGGACAUGCAUGGUUCUCUCUAUAUAUAAUUCUAUUCAUUUGAAUUGAAAAUUAUGUUCAUAGCAAUUAGAUCUGUUGAUUUAACUCAGUGCAUUUUUAUUUUGUAAGUCAAUAACCUUGGUUUUAUAUUUGGGAACAUUUUACGAAUUGAUUUGCAUGUUAAGUCGUCUAACUCAGAGACGUAUAACAUUCAUGUCUCUGUCAAACUUUGUAGACAAACAUAUUUCAACUGUAUUUUAGUCAGAAUUUUAUUGUUUGCGUUCUAUCAUUUACUAGUUACUUUCUUACAUUAAUAUUUUGUUUACGUAUUUAUUUUUUAACCAUUAAAAAACUGUCUUUGCCAAGUAUUCCUAAUCAUAGACUGUCUUUUUAAUGUUGGUUUAAUAACAUUAGAGUACAAAGGAGUCAAGAUUCAUUAUGUUCAAUUUGAAUUGUUGUGUGAUUUUUUGCUUUCAACAUUAUUAGUCUAUUUCAAACAUGUUAUAAUAUAUUCAGAAUUUCUAAAAUUUAUCAAGCAGAGGAAAAUAACAAUAAUGGGUAUAAUGAAGCAAAGGAAACUGAAGUUCAACUAUAUCUGUAUUGGUUUUUAGUUUGGUUAUCACUUUUAAUAAGACAACAUCAGCGUUGUCUAUGGGGUUUACAUUUUAACCAAAUAAAUGAGCCACAUUGAACACUUCCAGAUUCCUUUUUCAGAUUGAGAAAAUAAUUGCCCUAAAACAGUAAAUACUAGGUGACUGUUAAAGUAUAAGUUUUUGAAGGUGAUGUCAUCAGAUUAAAUCAUUAACUAAAUUGAAAUUUAUCUCAAUACAAAAUGUUUUAUUGAUAUUCUAUUCAUGUUCAAUAAAAUAAUAUUUAUUGAUAGCGUUAAAUAUCAAGCUGUAAAAACAUUUAGUGUUCGUUUCUAUAUGCUUUCUUUCAAAUAAAUUGGAUCUGAUUUUGCAUAUUGCCUUUAUAACUAUCAGGUUGAAAUCCUGAAUGUAACCCUUAUGGAAUUUCUUGCAGCAAUUAUUAGAGGGUAGUUGUUUGGCUGUGUUAAUCUGUUUUACCUGUACAAUCAUGUAUGUUCUUGACUAGCCAAUAUGUUAUUGGUAAUUAUUUACUUGAUUCCACAUAACAUGAAUUAAAGAUACUGAUUAUCUAUUAUUUAUUUCCACAUAAUACAAGUAACCAUUUAAUUGUAUUAUCAUUGAAAUAAAGAAAAUUAGAAAAUGUA